AUGGACACGGCUUUCCAGGUGGACGAACAUACGUUCAAGGUGUGUUCUAUCAUGGGCAUGUCGGAUUCAGAACCUGAAGACCCAGACAAGGGAAGGAACUACUUUGUGAAGGCAUCGAUAAGCGAAGGCGAAUACUACUGCCAAUGCUGCAAAUUCGAACGGGACGGGAUUGUGUGUUGUCACAUUGUAAAGCUAAUGGACUUGAACGCGGUGACACGAAUGCCCCGCCAUUUCAUAAGGUGGCGAUGGACUUGGGACGCUGAAGACGCAUUGGCGCCGCAAACAUCAAACGCAGUUUUGGCCGUGCAUGACGAGAGACCAGAGUCAACCAUGGAAGCCGUGAGGCAUGUUGUGUUGACAAAGAACUAUGCUAAACUAAUUGAUGAAGCGUGCAAGAGUGAUGAGACAGCAAAGGUCGCAGAAAAACACAGGAAGACCCUCAAAAGAGAGCUUGAUGAGAUCAAGAAGAGGAAAGCUGAGGAAGCCUUACACAGGUUUCCCCGCACAUCAAGUGUGCCUUCGUCCACAGGGCCAUCAUCUGAAAACUCGGAGGUAGGAUCUGGAACAGCAAGCACACAAACACAGGUUAGGAACCUGCCCCGUUCCAUCACAAAAGGGCGUCCGAAAGAGAUAAGAUACAAAUCAGGAUUGGAGAUUCAAGCAAAACAUAAGAAACCAAAGAAAGGGACGGGCAAUCCGUAA